CGUUUGCGUCUCAAUUUCGCUCAUACUGUCCGUCCCUUUUUUCUUUAUUCCUUCAUUUUCUCCAUUUCUGUAUAGAGAAUCAUAGAGAGAAAGGGUGUGAUCACACUCCAUUUGUGGGCUUGAUGGAGUUCUUUUGACUAGACUCUCUCUAUGAUUCGCAUUUGAAAAUCAGGGCACGGCCUUCAACGGAAUCUCUUGCUUACAAGUUCUGUCAUUAAGAUCGAAAAGAAGCUUACAGUAUUCUUGAAUUCGAAGACGAUAAUGGCUGGAUCAGACGAGAACCACCCGGCUAUGAUCGGACCCGUUAAUGUCCAAGGAGGUCUACGGGCUGGAGUUGGGAAGCUCACGGCGGCGACUGGAAACAACCGCAGGGCGUUGAGCAACAUAAAUCGGAACGUAAUUGGGGCUCCACCUUACCCUUGCGCAGUCAACAGAAGAGGAUUGUCAGAGAGACAAACAAUAUGUGGCAAGAACCCAACCAUUCCAGUGCAUCGACCAAUCACUAGGAAAUUUGCUGCUCAUCUAGCUAACAAGCAGCCAGAGGAAACCAAGAAACCAGAUAUUUCUGUCCCGGUUUCAGGCGACUCAGAGGAUUGCAGUAUCAUAGAAGUAGAAAACUACAAGUCCAACGAUGACUUUUCUGUGCCCAUGUUUGUGCAACACACAGAAGCAAUGCUGGAAGAGAUUGAUCGCAUGGAUGAGGUUGAAAUGGAAGAUGUAGUUGAGGAGGCGUUUGUGGACAUAGACAGCUGUGACAAGAAAAAUCCUCUUGCAGUGGUCGAAUACAUUGAUGAUUUGUAUAAUUUCUAUAAGAAAGCAGAGAGCUCCUCUUGUGCCCCACCAAGCUACAUGGGACAGCAAUUUGACAUUAAUGAGAGGAUGAGAGGUAUCCUAAUCGACUGGUUGAUUGAGGUGCACUACAAGUUUGAAUUGAUGGAUGAGACCUUAUAUCUUACUGUUAAUCUCAUUGAUAGAUUUUUAGCAGUUCAUUCAGUAGUGAGAAAAAAACUUCAGCUCGUCGGUGUGACAGCCAUGCUUCUUGCAUGCAAAUAUGAAGAGGUAUCCGUUCCUGUUGUGGAGGAUCUCAUUCUGAUUUCUGACAAGGCCUACAGCAGAAAAGAAGUGCUUGACAUGGAGAAAUUGAUGGUUAAUACCUUGCAGUUUUAUCUAUCCGUUCCAACUCCAUAUGUGUUUAUGAGGAGGUUUCUCAAAGCUGCUCAAUCUGACAAGAAGCUUGAGCUUCUAUCAUUCUUCAUCAUCGAGCUUUGCCUAGUAGAAUAUGAUAUGCUCAAGUUUCCACCUUCCCUAUUAGCUGCUGCUGCAAUUUAUACUGCUCAGUGCACUCUUAGUGGAUCUAGACAAUGGAGCAAGACAAACGAGUGGUAUGCUAGCUACUCGGAAGAACAACUUCUGGAAUGUUCAAGGCUUAUGGUCACUUAUCAUCAAAAUGCCGGAAUAGGAAAGCUCACAGGUGUACACCGGAAGUAUAGUACGUCCAAAUUUGGAUAUGCUGCAAAAACUGAGCCCGCUAACUUUUUAAUUGAGGCCAGGUUCUAGAGCAGGAUGGAGAAGGGAACUAACUUUGUUAACUCCUUGUUAUUUGAAGUUUCUAUAUAGCAAGAUGCUGUGGCAGGAUGUUGUAAUUUCUCUUCCUCCAAGAGUAAAAUAAUGUACUUAACUUGGGUAUGUUAUAAUAUAUAGUUUAGUCUUGAA